AUUCAUCGUGACUCAUGUAUUUAUUCACAUCUACAACGAUGCUUGCAAUUUAACCCAGCUGCCAGCUGGAGUGGCCAGUAUUAUCUCUGAUAGCGUCCGUGUAGGUUGAUAGAAGCGUCAAUAAGCACCGUUGCGACGCAAUUACUGAUCACUUUCCUAUUGUAUUUAGGAAAAAUUAAUUGUAAUAAUUGAUCAACAACUGACGAAUAAUGGAUCCUUUCGAAAUACUGUGCGGCAUUGCAGUCGCACUCAUUGCUCUUUAUUAUUAUUUUACAUCAUCCUAUGAUUUUUGGAAUUCACGCGGCGUUCGUGGACCACAACCGUCAAUACCAUUUGGUAAUGUUAAAGAUGUUAUGCUUACAAAGAAGGCCAUGGGACAUUACUUAAAGGAAGUAUACAACGAAUACAAAAAUGAGUCUGUGAUUGGGAUAUUUCUUAGGAAGACGCCCGUUCUUGUCGUAAAAGAUCCAGAAUUGAUAAAAGAUGUGCUUAUCAAAGAUUUCUCCACAUUUGCUGAUAGAGGCUUCACCAUUCAUGAAAGGGCCGAGCCGCUGUCGCAACAUCUUUUUGGUUUAGAACCUAAAAGAUGGCGACCUUUAAGAACGAAUCUGUCGCCUGUUUUUACAUCUGGGAAAUUAAAGGAGAUGUUCUCUUUAAUAUCAGAAUGUGCCGACCAUCUUGAGAAAUAUAUUAAAAAAUUGGCAAACAAAAAAGAGCCUGUAGAGUGCCGGGAACUGACAGCAAAAUAUACGACCGAUGUUAUUGGAACCUGUGCAUUUGGUAUUGAAAUGAAUGCUAUGUCGAACGAAGACAGCGAAUUUCGCAAGAUGGGACGAGAAGCUUUUGCUCCAACUUGGAAGAAUAUACUACGAAUGAGAAUUAGAACAUCUAUGCCAUGGCUUUACGAUAUUCUUGGAUAUAUUCUACCGCACACUGAAGUGACCAAAUUUUUCAUACGUGUUAUCGUAGAGACCUUGGAUUAUAGAGAAAGGAAUAAUAUCGUUAGACAUGAUUUCGUCGAUAUGCUGCGCGAAUUAAAAAAACACCCGGAGAAACUAGGCGAUAUUGAUUUGACCGAUAGCUUGAUAGCAUCUCAAGCAUUCGUAUUCUUCCUUGCCGGUUUUGAAACCUCUUCAACAACUAUGAGUCACGCACUAUACGAGUUAGCUAUUAAUCAGCAAAUACAAGACAAAUUACGUGAAGAAAUUGAGCAAGAAUAUGCAAGUCACGGCAGCAACUUAACGUAUGAUAACGUUAAAAAAAUGAGUUAUUUGGAUAAAGUUUUCAAAGAAACUUUACGAAAAUAUCCCCCGGUAACAUUUCUUUUGAGGAAAUCGUUAUCAGAUUAUACUUUUGAUGGUACCAAAGUCUCUAUACCAAAAAAUCAAAGCGUAUGGAUUCCGGUUUAUGCAAUUCAUCACGAUCCAAGCAUUUAUCCAGAGCCAGAUGUUUUCGAUCCAGAAAGAUUUACUGAGGAAGCUGUGCAAUCUAGACACGCAAUGUUUUAUCUACCUUUCGGCGAUGGUCCGAGGAAUUGCAUUGGUGCUCGCUUUGGUGUUCAUCAGACUAAAAUUGGACUCAUAAAAAUGUUACGAAAUUACAAAGUUGAAACUUGUGAGAAAACACGAAUACCUUAUGAAACUGAUCCCAAGGCAUUCUUGUUAGCACCAAUAGAUGGAAUACAUUUAAGAAUAACUAAAAUCGAACGAAUUUAGUUAAACCCUUUUGUAAUUCGUAAUAAAAUAUAUAUAAAGGAAAAUUAGUUCUAAUAACUGAUCAACAAUUGACGAAUAAUGGAUCCUUUCGAAAUACUGUGCGGCAUUGCAGU